UUUGCUAUGAAUUAUUUUGUUGAAAUGUUGUUUUUUUCUUAAUGCAGGAAGUUAUCCGAGGCAAGGGUUGACAGAAAAGGUUAUUCCACAAUCGAAAAGCAAUGCUAUGUUAGUUGCUGCAAUUGACUUUGGUACGACCUAUAGCGGGUACGCCUAUUCCUUUGUCGGAAAACCAGAAGAAAUACUGACAACAUAUUGGGAUCAGACCUCAAUUAAGACUCCUACGGUGGUUUUAAUGAAUCCCAGCAAGAAGUUUCAUUCCUUUGGAGAAAACGCAAGAAAGAGAUAUGAACAGUUAAUGAAAACAAACGAACACAAAGACUGGUAUCUCUUUGAAAGGUUCAAAAUGAAACUGUUUGUAAAAGACACUCCUCUACAAAAAGAUAUGGAAAUUGAUGAUAUACUUGGUAAACCAAUUAAAGCAAUUGAUGUCUUCUCCGCAGCAAUCAGGUAUAUCAAGGAGCAUUUACUCGGCGUUCUAAAUGAUCCCGACAGGGAUGAACAGCUGAAAAUCAAACCAGAUACUGACAUCCGCUGGGUUCUUACCGUGCCGGCUAUUUGGAAUGAUUUGUCGAAAACAUUCAUGAGGCAGGCAGCAUAUAACGCCGGUAUUCCUGAUCAUAUGUUAUUACUGGCGUUAGAGCCCGAGGCUGCUUCUCUGUUCUGUAAGAAGGAAUUAGGAGUUGACAAAGUUCCGAUUGGCUGUAGAUACUUGGUCCUAGACCUUGGAGGCGGUACAGCAGAUAUAACAUGCCAUGAGGUCAAUACAGACGGUACAUUAAAGGAACUCCAUCCACCGACAGGGGGAGAUUUUGGUGGCACUACCAUAGACAACGCGUUCGUUGACGUUUUAAUUCGGGUAUUUGGCGCUGAUGUCAUUACUAAAUUUAAAAGGAAAUUCAUGAAUGACUACUGGGAGCUGAUGAGUGCUUUUGAACUUAAGAAGCGAAUAUUUGACGGCACAGGAAGAGUUGUCUUGAAAUUUCCAGUCCAAAUUUUAGAACUGUACAAAGAAAACGUCGGAGAGGCCGUAGAAGAAAGUCUGUUGAAUUCAAACUUGGCAAAAAGCAUAGAAUUUAAACACGGUAAAGUGUUUAUUACGGAAACAUUAAUGAAAGAGCUUUUCAAUUCAGCUCUGACAAAAAUAACUAAUAAGACGCUCGAACUUCUCACAGUUGUGUCAAAUAUCAACUGCAUUAUGUUAGUUGGUGGUUUCUCCGAGUCUCUUUAUUUGCAAAAUGUGAUGAAAGAAACCUUUGACAAUCUUAUCAUUCCAAACGAACCAGUUGCAGCCGUUCUAAAAGGAGCAGUUAUCUACGGCCACGAAACCAAAGCAAUAUCCUCCCGGAAGUGUAGGUACACUUACGGUAUAGCGCGAAUGAUGAAGUUCGAUCCAGAAAAACACACUGGGAGAAAGGAAGUAAGAAUGGGCGGUUUCGUAUACUGUGAUGACUCUUUUAGCAAACAUAUAGAGAUGGGAACUGAAGUAAGCGUACAUACACCCGAAAGAGCUAGAGAACGCGAGUACUUUCCCGCAAUUGCUGAGCAAAAACAAGCGGUAUUAGAGGUAUACAAGUCGAAAAGAAGAGAUCCUAAGUUUAUUGAUGAAGACGACUGUGAGUUUGUUGGUUUGAUAAAAGUAGACAUUGAUCCGAAAGGUAACAUUUGGUCAAAACUGAAGGUCAGAAUGAUUUUUGGAGGAACAGAAUUAUUUAUUGAAGUUACCGAUGUGAAAAAUGGUACGAUAACAAAAGGAUCAGUAGACUUCAUAGGUUGAAACGUCAAGUUUUGCUUGAUAUAAUAAAAAUGCAGUGAA